CUGAGCGCAGACUGCCACACUACACCCAGAGAGCGGGAAGGGAGGCUCUGUCUCUUGUCAUCUCUGCCUGUCUCUGGCAGUCUCUCAGCCCUGGCACAGUUACUGGUGACAAGGGGCUCAAUGACUCUCCUUAGACUCCUUUCCCCCAACACUAAGGGGGUGGAGAGGUGUGAACAGUUCUCAGCCAAAAAAGGGGGCGUCUUCCCCCCCUAAAUACCCAGAGGAGAGAGAAAACUGGGAGAAAGAGAAGCAGAAGGCAGGACAGUGAGGCGCAGCAGCCUCGGAGGAGGCACAGCCGCGGACCGCAGUUGUCCCUGGCUCCCCGGAUUGAUUGUCUCUUCGGCGGGACCCUGAGCAGAAGGCACCACCUGGCAGGGGAAGGCUCCGUCUCUUGCCUGUCGGAUUAAGCUGCUGUCUCUUAGGAGUGGUCGCCGGAGCCCGAGUGCCCCGGAGAUGCGCACAGGUGGCAUCAUGCAGCGCUCAGGAUGUCACUUGGAUCUAUUUUUGGUUCUUUUUGGACUGCAGUUGCCUUUUAUAUCACUAUGCCCUAUAAACUGUAUAUGUUACCCUUCACCAAUGACUGUCAGCUGCCAGGCUCACAACUUUGGAGGUGUACCAGAAGGGAUUCCAGAUAUCAGCGAGAGGAUAUUUCUACAGAACAAUCAGAUAACCAUGCUCCUAAGAGGCCAUUUUAGCCCUUCAUUAGUCACUCUGUGGCUUUACAGCAACAAUAUUACCUUCAUUGAUCCAGAGACAUUUGAAGGGUUUGAAAACCUUGAAGAACUGGAUCUUGGGGACAAUCGGUAUUUGAGGGCUUUGGCAGGAGAGACAUUUCAAGGUUUGUCUAGACUUCAUACCUUGAAUCUGUACAAAUGUGGCCUCAGUUCCCUGCCUAAUGGGAUAUUUAAUGGACUUCACAGUUUGCAAUUUCUUUACCUUCAAAACAACCACAUUGAGUUUCUACAAGAUGACAUCUUUAUAGAUUUAGUCAACCUGAGUCAUCUUUUUUUGCAUGGAAACAAGCUUUGGAGCCUUCAUGAAAAUACCUUUAGAGGUUUAGUCAACCUGGAUCGUCUCCUCCUCCACCAGAACCAACUUCAGUUCAUUCACAGAAAUGCGUUUCAUGAUCUUAAGAGGCUGACUACACUAUUCCUGUUUAACAACAGUAUAUCAGAACUGCAAGGGGAGUGUUUGGCACAUCUUUCUGCACUGGAGUUUUUGAGGCUUAAUGAUAACCCAUGGGACUGUGACUGUAAAGCCAGAUCCCUGUGGGAAUGGUUACGAAAGUUUAGAGGGACUAGUUCAAAUGUUAUUUGUGAAUCACCUGAUAAAAUGCAGGGCAGAGACCUUAAAACUCUAAAAGCCGAAGAUUAUGCGCAUUGUUCUGGCUCAGAGUCCCUUCACCAAAUUAAGACUCAUACCUACAGCACCACUCAUCAGAUAUCACAUAAAGGCCACCACUCACACCAUUCCUCCAAGGAAAAAGGGAAAGAUUCGCACCAAAAUGAGCCAGCUGCCCAUCCAGACCCACGUUCAGGAACAAGGAAACAUGGUAAGAACUGCACCAGUCACAAAAAUCGAAAUCGGAUCUCAAAACCCCUAUCUGGGAAGAGCUCACAUGACUUACAGGAUUAUGUACCGGAUUACAAAUUCAAUUUCGACAAUAUGCCCACUCCUUCAACAAAGAGGAAGACUAAAUGUACACGGAGGACGUCCAUGAGAAUGCCAAGUGGAGUGAAGCAGGCAACAGAAAACAACAGGUGUGAUGGGGUCAGGGUGUCCCUGCUGCUCUUCCUCCUGGUGUUGGCUGUCAUUGUACGCUGACAAACUUUGGAAGGAACUCUAGCCACUGCCACCACUUUCUAAUGGACGCAUUUCUUUCUGUUAUUCUUCUUUAUUUGUGUAUGGAGGAUUUGACAAGGAGGAUGAAUGAAAGUGGCUUCUCAUGAUCAAUUGGCUUGUGUUGAUGGAUUAUAAAUGUUAACUGGAUGCAAAGCAGUUUGGGGGCAAAGCUUUAUCACAAGCCUACAACAUGCUGCCCCAACUUUGCAUGUACAAAGGGCAACGUCGUUUAUGGACAUUGCAGAAAAAAAAUCAUUACUCAUUCUUGACAUGCAAAACGAGGAAUUCUUACUAAUCCUUCCUGUUUGUUUUUUUUUCUAUAUUGUUUGAUCUUUAAAGUGGGAACAUAAUUGUUAAAAUCCCACAAACAUUACAAGCCAGGCCUCCUACACAUGCAAAAGACACUGUGUGAGUAAUGUCUCCAACUGGUUUCGUUGGCCUAUACAGUUGUUAUUGGUCUUUGGGCCAAUGCUGCUCAGAAGACAAUCUACAAAUCCUGAAAAAAACUCAGGCAUAUUAUCUUAUUCUAGCAGGGCUUAGCUGCCAUGCUACCAAAGGAAGUUUGCAAGCGUACAAUAGACUUGUUAAAAAAAUAAAACUAGAAAAGAGAUUCCUGCAGGCAGCCUGUUUAUUUUGUAUCUGUAUCCACAUAGUUAUUUAAUGACACAGCCCUUUACCUACCCCUCUCUGUCCAAAUAUCCAUAAAUGUGUCUAUAAAUGUUUCUAUGGCUAUAUCUUAAAAAAGAAAAAGAAAAAAAAGGAACAUCAGAAAAGGAGAACUGUGCUGUUUGUUUUAUAGCAAAUAGGCAUUAUUGGCUUUCAGCUUUGGCAUUAGUUAUUUUGGGGAGGGGAGUAUACCUCAUUAUUCACAGCUGCCAGAAGUAGUGAAUGGUGGCAAAGAGCCAUACGAGGAGAACUGCAGAUUAAUUCACUUUAAAAAAUGGCCCAUGGAGUGACAUUUUAACCCAAAUACAAUAACAUAGGCAAGGGUAUCAAAAGUUAACCUGAAGAAGAAACAGGUGUCAAAAAAUAUAUACAGGUCGGGUUCACCAUAACUAUUCAGCCAUAGAAGUCAGUGUCUUAUUUGGGAGCAGGUGGUGAAAAUGUAGUUGGAAAGAAAAGGGCGCUCCCAUCAGUGUUAGUUGAUAUGAGCCUUAUAGCUGGUCUAGAGGUAUUCACAACCUAGGGAUAAUUGUCCAACGUAAUAUGUGUGAAGACAACUUUGUCAGGAAAUGUCAGACAUAGGGAUAAGAGUACAGUGUAAUGUCUAUGAAGAAAACAACCUUAUCAAAAAUCUUCAUCAGACAUGGGCCAUCUAGUAACUUGUGGGUCCCUAUGGCACAGGGACUCCGCAAGCGAUCCAUAAGCAAACUUCAGAGACAGGUAGAAGCAGAAGUCAACGGGGUUGCAAUUUGUAGGAAGAUUAUUGGUAUACUUAUGGGGAGGUCAACAUGUGCCUAUGGCUACUUGCAGAGUGUGCUGUGUCGUAACUCUAUAUCCUCAAAAUCUUUACUGAAAGUCAAAUCAUGUUUUGGGAUAAGCUCUACAGUAUGUGCAGAACUCUGGGGACUAUCAAAAGAUUACACUCAAGUUUUACCAAGAGCAAAAAAAAUAUAUAUGUAUAAAAUUAUAUAUAUAUAUAUAUAUAUAUAUAUAUAUAUAUAUAUAUAUAUAUAUACAAUAUUAUAAAAUAAAUAUAUACCUAACCUGCAAAAAGUCCUUAUCCUAAAAAAAAGGUGUGUUUUUUUUUUGCCCUGGAAAGCUCAAAGAGUUCACAUCAUGAUAGGUGACCCCACUGCCAGUAAAAAGUAGCAGUGUUAACCAGAUAUAGAUAACAGAUCUAGUGAGUAUUGCACACACAAUAAAAUGUUAUUUCCUUGUAAGAGAACUUGUGUGACCAGAA